UCGUUGCCGGGCAACGUAAUUUCGAUGCGUUGUUGUGUCUUUCAUUGGGUCAGAUAUUUGAAGCGUGUUGUUGUCAAACCAUAUCUACCGGUCGACCUAUAAUAACGAUAAUGAAAAGUCCGAGGAUGAUCGUCACUCAAGGUCCAAGUCGGCCUAUUGGCGUUCGUUUUAUACACUUUUAGCAUAACUGAAUUUCGAGUAAAUCAUGCAAGUCCCAAAUGAAGACGAGGCGCCUAUCGAAUCUGAAGUUGAAACCCCCCACAUUGAAACGACAGAAGAGGCGAUACAAUUCAUUACAAGCAUUGAGCCAUCCGAGCUGCAGAAAUGUCUGUUUUCCGACUCGCUGGUGACGGUGUCAGAGGGAGGCAGAGACCUAGGCGAGUUCAGCCUAACGGUGGACUUUGCCAGCCGAGGCCCGCAGCCCUGUUUACUGUUGCGCGCCGUAAGCAGAGGAACCUUCGACGGCACCCCUUGCGGAACAAGAGUGACAGCCUACCUCUCUGCUGCCAUGGAGACGCUGGAAGAGGACCUCCAUGAAUAUGUCCAGCUGCCCGACCACAAGAUGGAGAGGAGGUGUCACAUGGUGCAGCGCGACGACAGGAUGAUGGUGGACAGGAUCACCACUGCAGGGGAGGAGGUGACGCGGCAGAGCGACAGCUACUGCCUGUCUGCUGUAAGAGGGCUGCUGAGCGAGGGCUCCAGCAUGCUGCUGAUGCGUGUGAUGGCACUGAGGAGGGCUGUGCCAGAGACCCUGACCCUCCCCUCCAUCCACCAGGGACCACAGCUCAGACAAACCACCUUCGUGAGUAGAGGUCACAGUUUCGGCAAAAUGAAAAAAGAGCACUCUAAGGUCUGAAUUGGUUAACCUAUUAGGGUUGCAUAUUACACUUGAACAAAUUAUAAUAGAUUAUUCAUGAAUUUUUAAGGCCCAAAACUCACGUCUUUUCCGCGAUUUAGAUUUUAUUUAAACAAUUACGGCGCUGUAUUAGCUACGUGAAACAUUAAUUCAUUAAGUAUAGACGAUAUAUGCAAACAGAAUAAUGAAACCAUGAGGCUAUGAAAAUUUUAAGGUGAUGCUCUCCCGACAAACCUAUCCAAAGUACAAGCCCCAGCAGUGGCCUCACAAAAAUGCCAUUUUGCUUCCAUACGAUAGGGCCUUCUGAGCGGUAAAUUAGAGCUGAAUACUGAA